CAAACAGCUUCCCCUCCAUGGCUCCAGCUCUUCUUUAGUUCCCAUUCAUAUUUUUGCUUUCUUUCUUGCCCCAUAAUCCUUUCAUCACUAUUUUCUUUGCGUCACCAUGUCAACUUCUGAGGAGUUUUCCGCUGACAGUGAGGAAUGUCCGGGUGAGGACUGCGCCGGCUUUGGAGACGAUCUGGAGUUAAAUCAGUUUGAUGGGUUGCCUUUUUCUUCUCGUUACUACAAACUUCUGAAGGAGAGGAAGACUCUGUCCGUGUGGGAGGUCAGGUCCCAGUUUGAGGAGUCUCUGGUUAACAACCAGGUGGUGGUUGUGUCUGCAACUGCAAAAAGUGGGAGGAGUACACAGAUCCCUCAGUGGUGUGCAGAGUUCUGCCUGUCUGCACAGUAUCAGCACGGCAUGGUUGUGUGCACGCAGACCAACGGGCAGCAGGCGGUGGAUCUGGCCCUGCGCGUGGCUGAUGAAAUGGACGUGAACAUCGGCCAUGAAGUGGGCUACACCAUCCCUAUGGAGACCUGCUGCUCCUCUGACACUGUUCUGAGGUACUACACUGAUGACAUGUUGCUCAGAGAGAUGAUGUCAGACCCGUUCCUGGAGCAGUACGGAGUCGUCGUCAUUGACCAGGCCCAUGAGCGGACGGUCAGCACAGACAUACUGCUGGGUCUCCUGAAGGACAUCCUGCUGCAGCGGCCUGAGCUCCGAGUCGUGGUUCUCACUCUUCCCUCCAUGACGAAGAAGCUCCUCAGACACUACGGCGGCGUCCCGCUCAUCAGUCUGGAAGCCUCGUCUCCUGCCGAGGUGGUCUGCAGCAACAGCAGCAGCAAAGACUACUUCCUGUCAGCACUCAGGCUGGUGCUGGACAUCCAUCGGACCAAAGAGAGUGGAGACGUUCUCGUGUUUUUGGCCUCCGAGGAGGAGGUUUCUAGGGCAUGCAGCAUCCUGCAGAGUGAAAGCUCCAGGUUGAGAGGGAAUCUGGACCAGUUGGUGCCUGUAAUCCUGUGCUCAAGCCAGCGAGAGCUCAUGACUGAGCAGUCAAGCUCCACAAAGUCCAGGAGGGUUUUCCUGUGCAUGCAGCAGUGGGAGGACGUGUGGUGUACCCCCCAGUCUGUGAGCUUCGUUGUGGAUACGGGGCUCCAGAAAAAAAUGGUUUACAAUCCAAGAGUGAGGGCUUACUCUGAGGUCCUGCAGCCCGUCAGUCGGUGUCAGGCGGAUAUUCGGAAGCAGCUCUCUGCACCGGCAGGUAAAUGUUUCUGCCUGUAUUCUGAGGACGGCCUGACAGAGACCCCCCCUCAGAUCCUGGAGUCCAACUUCACACCGACAGCUCUCUUCCUAAAGAGGAUGGAGAUCGCAGGACUCGGACGGUGUCAUUUCAUCGACAGACCAGAUCCAGAGAGUCUGAUGCAGGCCUUGGAGGAGCUGGAUUACCUCGCUGCCUUAGACGACGAUGGAAACUUGUCCGAAAUCGGCAUCAUCAUGUCUGAAAUCCCUCUGGAACCUCAGAUGGCCAAAGCUCUGCUGGCGUCCUGCGAGUUUGACUGUGUGAGCGAGAUGCUGACGAUCGCCGCCAUGCUGUCAGCACCAAGCUGCUUGUUGAAACCAUCCUCUGGAAUGAGCCAUGAAGCGGCCCGCUGCCGUGCAGCGUUUCAGCACCCUGAAGGCGAUCACUUCACCCUCAUAAAUAUCUACAACGCUUUCAAGCAGAGCCAGAGGGAACCACAUGUAACUCCGGAAAAAUGGUGUCAGGACCGUUUUCUGGAUCAUUCUGCCCUGAAGACGGCUGACGUCAUCCGGUCAGAGCUGACCGACACUCUGAACAGGAUCGAGCUUCCGAUAUCAGAACCCUCCUUUGGAACCAAGACAAACACUUGCAGCAUUAAAAGAGCUCUGUUGGCUGGAUUCUUCAUGCAGGUUGCUCGAGAUGUGGACGGAUCAGGAAACUACUUUAUUCUGUCCCAUAAGCACAUGGCUCAGGUCCACCCGCUCUCCUGUUACGGAGCUCAGUCCCACAAACUGGGGCUUCCAGAGUGGCUGCUUUUUAAUGAGUACACCCUGUCAGAAAACAACUGCAUGAAAACAGCCUCACAAAUUUCCCCUCAAAUGUUCCUUCAAAUGGCACCUCUGUACUACUUCUACAAUCUGCCUCCCAGUGAGAGUAAAGACAUGCUGCAAGAGCUGCUGGACUCAGAAGGAUGCAGCAACUGCAAAGAAAAGACCCGAGCUGCAGGAAUGAGCAGCGACGCAAACGGCUGCGCAGCUGCAACGCAAACUCAGGACAGAUGUGCGAUUAUGUGAGCUCAGCAUUGUACGAAAAAUGUUUCCACAAAGAAGGGAUUAUUUUAUCUCCAUCUGAUGAAACAAAUGCUGCUGAAAACGUCAUAUUUAUAGAGUGGAAUAAUUAUUUUCUGCUUAUAAUUUGAAGAUAUGAAGGUUAUUUUAAUUUGAGACUAUAAAAGUGGCUUUAAGUAAUAUUUGGAAACAUUUUAGACAAAAUUAGCAAAUUUUUAACACUUUCAAAUGUGAACUCUUGAGGUCAUUCUAUCUGAGAUCAAGUUUCUAGGACUAAAAAAAGGAUGUGAUGCAUUAAAGCAAAUAGGAAAUGA